AUGAAAUCAAUACCGUCCUUCAUGGUUAAAGAAAUACUUGAGUGGUAAUUAAAUGGUCAGAAUAAAUUACAUUUUACAUUUCUUCAAGGUCAAUUAAAUGAUGAAACUAUUACUAAAGCUCAAAAUUAUGAUGGAAUUUGUGUUGUUAAUCGAGAUGUUCAAUAUAGAAAUAUUAUUGAAAAAUUACAUAAACAUUAUGAUUUAGUUAAAAUAAUUGCUUUAAGAAGUGCUGCAUAUAGUGAUUCAACAAUAGAAAUUGCUAAAAAAUAUGUUAUUGAAGUAUGUCAUGUGCCAAAUUAUUCAGCACAUGCUGUUGCUGAACAUUCAUUUGUUCUUUUAAUUUCACUUAAUCGUAAUCUACAUCACGCAUUUUAUCGAACAAAACAACAUAAUUUUACAUGGGAUGGUAUUGUUGGUAUUAAUGUUUUUGGAAAAACAGUUGACAUUAUUGGAACAGACAAUUUAGGAAUGAGCGCGGUUAAUAUAUUUUUAGAUUUUGGUUGUAAAUUUUUCUGUGACGAUAUCAAACCUGAUGAAGAAAUAGCAAAACAAAAAGGCUUUACAUAUGUUACAAUGGAUGAAUCACUUGAAAAAAACGAUAUUGGUAGGUAA